AAUUUCCUUCCUAUUGAAGAUUUGCUUCUCUUUGACAUUUGUCAUUUUUGUGCUAGUUGUACUCUGGGUUGCAAAUGAAACUCAUUUUAAAAGACCUGCUUCUUGAUCGAGGUUUAUUACAAGGAUAACUUGAUCCAGCCUAUGUAUAUUAUGGCGUGUUUUGCUGCUCCUCUUGGCAUUAUCAUUCUGUUAGGAUUCAUCAACCUCUCAGCAGCAAACAAGGAUGCCUGUGAACUCUAUGCUGCUGUUGGGCAGAAUCUAACUUUACCUUUAGCCUACGAUGGACUGGAGACCUCACAUGUGUUGAGAUGGACACGUAAUAACUCAGUAAUUUUCUACAGAGAACGAGGCAGAGUCUCAGUUGGAAAGCCAGCGGACAUCACUGCAACUGGAUCUCUUUUGCUGACGGAUCUACAGUCCUCAAGUGCAGGGGCUUACAAAGGAUCCUUACUGCAUCCCAAUGGUACACUGGCUAAAACAUGGGCUGGUCAUCUCUGCAUGAUGGACAAGGUAUCAAAGCCUCAGCUUAACUAUAUCUGUGAUUUCAAGUCUAAAUCUGUUCACCUUAAUUGCUAUGUAGCAUCCUCUCAAGGCUUGGUGUUCUCAUGGGCCAUCAAUGAGAAGACCUUACCGAGCGAAACAAAACAAAAACUGAGCAUAUCACUGACACAGCUGCAAGGUGAGGGAAACUUUACAUGUAGUGUGGCAAACAAAGUCAGCAAAAUGAAGAGUGACACUGUUCAACCAACCUGUAAAAGUCCAACGCCGUCACCUCCAACUAUGCUCUGUUUUACUUCCAAAACUGUUCUGGCAGUUCUUGCAGGAGGCGCAGGUCUGAUUGUGCUUUUGCUCACCAUUAUCAUCGUAUUAUGUUGCUGCCUCAGACGCAACAAAACUGAAAACAGAACCAAGACCAAAGAAGAGCUCAGGAUGCUUUCUGUAAGCAAAAGAGAGCCAGACUCCCUCAGGACAGAGUAUGAGACGGUGCACCCGAUUGAGGACUUUUCACUCCUGAGCCCAGAGCCUUCACCCAGAGCCUGUUACAAGAGUGUUUCUCAGCCAGAAGCUCAGCCUGAGAACAAGCCUCCACAGCUAUCCACAGCUCCAGAAGGACAAAAACCUUCACCGGUGCCGAAGCCGAGGACAAAGGGCCCCCAGACACCAGACAUCUGAAUGUGGAAAUGAGAACUGGAAGAAGAACAGUAACUAUAACAAAAGUUCUUUUUUUUUUUAUCUUGAAAACAUGUAGUUGAGCCAAAAUGAAUAAAAUCAUUGUGUGACUGAUUUUUGUUAUGCUAACCAACACAUUUUUUAUCACUUUAACAGUUCAGUGUAUACCUAAAUGCAGUCACAAUUGACAAUAAACCUGCCUUUGUUUAAGAAACUUAACUAUGAUUGUGCUAUGAGCCUGGGAUGGAGAAUCUGAGGCAGCAAAACCUUUAUUUUCUUUAAAUGUCUUUAAAUGUGAUAUUAUUUCUAAUGACAUUUUGUUGUUUGUUGUUAUUCUUUGAACUUUAUACCGUUAUAAUGGUGGGGGUUGAAGGCUAAGGAAGAGUUGUGUGGUACAUUUAUGAUACAGGAAACUGUGCUGGAUGAAUUUCAAAACUGACAUGUCAUUCCAAUUGCUUAAUGUCAUGAGAGUGCCACACCCAUUGUACUUCUGUGCUAUAAAUAAAGCAAUUUUCAAACCAAAUAGAAAUAUUUUUGCAUAAAAUUCUUGUUAAUAUAUUAAAGGGUAUGACUGGUGAUGUUUGUCAUGCAUUUGUCACACUGUCUGCAAGUGUCCUAAAAAGGCUAAAACUAACAAAGCAUUAGUCUGUUUUCAGUAAUUUCCAACAUCCUUAACAUCCUUAUUUCACAGCUCACUGGCUCCAAACAAACGUUUCACUGAAUAAAACAGCUGAGCAUCACAGUUUCUAGAAAAUGUUUGUUAAACACUGAAACACAUGCUGGGGGACUAAUGUCAGUGGUUGAUGAAUACACAUUUAGUACUGUAGCUGGUAUUUAGUGUGUGAUAUUGACUCAAAAUAAACUACAUUGACAGUGUGGUAAUGAAGGAUCAUGUGACGGUGUUUUAAUAGUUUUGGGACAAAAAGGGUGGUCUAUGGCACAGGGAAAUAAGUGAUAUCAGCUUUGGACAUGCAAACAAUACUUGCUACAACUGAUUCACUGUUGAUUUGCAUGUUACUAUUAAACAUGGACAUUAUAUUAAACAUGAAAUAAACAUUAAGAUGCUUUGACCCUCUGUCUGAGACACAACUGUUCUGUAUCUGACAUAUUCUUCGCG